AUGGCUCGCUUGAACCCGCGGCCAGCUUCUUCUGAUAAUGACAGCGCGAGAAGCCCCAACUCGCCAGACCGCCAGACGCCCGAAACAUUGACCACCCCUCCUUCCCCUACUCACUCCGACUCAGGGGACGAACACUGGAGCCGAAAUAGUAAGGGAAAGGGAAAGAGGAAGAGUGCCGCCGCAGGCUUGUCAGACAGAACACCAGCCCAACCCAGGAAGCGGGGUCGAGUCGGCGACGAUGACUCUCAAACGCCCCCAGCGCAGCAGUUCUAUGAUCCCGAGCAAGCGCCCGUAGAACGGCGGCGGUUGCGAAAGGGCUUCCGCAGUCUCUUAUCAGAGCUACAUGACUCGAGAGCAGAGUACCUACAGCCAAACUCAAAGGGACUGGAGGAGACUCUGAGAAGAGCAGACGAGCUCUACAAGGAUGUCAAACAGACUUCGGAAGCUACCAUCGACUCGCGCCUCAUCCUGGAGGCAGCAGACCUGUCGUACAGGAAAAUCAACAACAUUACCCUUGGUGAUGGCACAACUGGGAUCGAUGUGGAUGAUUUUGUCACGAAGUGUAUCGGCUUCAUGAAACAAGGCGACGAACCGGGUAGACGAGGUGCGCCUCGUGACACACAAACACAAGGCCGACGAAGGAAUCAAGACGACGACGAAGAUGACGCUGGUGACACCAUGAACUGGGAAUAUCUUGGGAGGAAUGCUUGCUUCUUGUACAACUCUCGUCCCUGUCUAACCGGUUUCCUCCUUGGUCCGCUGUCGGUGCAAAAGAAAUUCCGACAACAGAUGCAGCGAAAGGCCCGCGAAGCCCGGACACAGCCCGGUGAGGCAGUUCGGCCCGUUCAGCUGGGUCCAGAAGACUUGGAAAAGCAAGAGUCUGCCAAUCUUACAGAGAUAUGCACGGAGAUUGCGUUCCUGCUGAAGAAGGCAACCCAGAAGAACAGCGAAGCUGCGCAAACAGAGUUGAACGAACUCGAGGAAAUGGAGGAUGAUGUCUCGGAAGAACAGGCACGCGAGAUCCUUCGACGAAACUGCAUUGCUGACAACGAAUGCAUACCAUUGUUCAACUUCUGUAUCAAUCCAAGAUCGUUCGGCCAGUCAGUGGAGAAUAUGUUUUAUGUGAGCUUUCUGAUCAAGGAGGGAAAGGUUGGUCUGGGCCUGGAUGGUCAAGGGUUGCCAACCUUGGGCAUGGCAGAAGUGCGGUCCAUGGAGGAGCGACAAGAAGCACGCCGGAACCAAGUCAUUUUCACCCUCAGCAUGGAUAUUUGGGAGGACAUCAUCGAGAGCUUUGGUAUUAAGGAGAGCAUCAUCCCUCAUCGGAACGAGGAGGACUAUGACGACGGGACUCGGGACUAUGCGCAUAUGGAGGACGAGGGCGGUCCAAGAGAUGGAGAGGAGGAAGACUCUGACGCCUACGCAUAG